AUGGCCUCGUCCUCAUCAAACGUAGUGGGAGUCCACUACCGGGUGGGCAAGAAGAUCGGUGAAGGCUCUUUCGGUGUUAUUUUCGAGGGCACCAACCUUCUGAACAACCAGCAGGUGGCCAUCAAAUUCGAACCUAGGAAAAGUGAUGCUCCCCAGCUGCGCGAUGAGUACCGGACGUACAAGAUCUUGGUUGGUUGCCCCGGUAUCCCUAAUGUCUACUACUUCGGGCAGGAGGGCCUGCACAACAUUCUUGUUAUCGACCUUCUCGGCCCUAGUCUGGAGGACCUUUUCGACCACUGCAACCGCCGGUUCUCGACUAAGACUGUGGUGAUGGUUGCCAAGCAGAUGCUGUCGCGUGUGCAAACAAUCCAUGAGAAGAACCUGAUCUACCGUGAUAUCAAGCCGGAUAACUUCCUCAUUGGCCGCCCGUCGACCAAGGCCGCUAAUGUCAUCCAUGUUGUUGAUUUCGGCAUGGCCAAGCAAUAUCGGGAUCCCAAGACCAAGCAGCACAUUCCCUACCGCGAGCGCAAGUCCCUGUCGGGAACCGCUCGGUAUAUGAGCAUCAACACACAUCUGGGCCGUGAGCAAUCACGACGGGAUGACCUGGAGGCCCUGGGACACGUUUUCAUGUACUUCUUGAGGGGCGGUCUCCCUUGGCAGGGAUUAAAAGCUGCCACCAACAAGCAGAAGUAUGAGAAGAUUGGGGAGAAGAAGCAGACAACGGCGAUCAAGGAUCUCUGCGAUGGAUAUCCUGAAGAAUUCAACAAGUACUUGAGCUACGUUCGCAACCUUGGUUUCGAGGACACUCCUGACUACGACUACCUGCGUGAUAUCUUGACCCAAGCUCUCAAGAAUGCCGGCGAGGUGGAAGAUGGAGAGUACGACUGGAUGAAGUUGAACAACGGCCGUGGCUGGGAUUACAAGUCCUACACGUCACAGGCGCAUCUCCACAACCAGCACCACACCUCCUCGGGACGUGAUAUCCAAGGCAGCCAGCUUCGCAGCAGCCAACGGCCUGGCGUGACGGCUGAUCGUUUAAACGCCGCGCAGCCCCCGCCCCCGUCUCCAGCCAACAAAGCCGGAGCUGGGAAGACGCGCGAGCGCCCAAGCGCCGCCGGCAUGCCGCCGAAACGCCAGAGCGGGGGGUUGGAAGGCACGACCCCGGCCGCGUCCACUCACGCCCAGUUUCAGAACUCCAACGCUCAUCUCCCCGGCCGGAUGGGCAGCCCCGGGAACCCCGGACUGAGUAGCCAGCAGGUUGGCGGGCAAGGGAACAGUGAGCCGCAGCUUACUUUCGUCCAGAAAGUGAUGAAGGCUCUGUGCUGCGGUAGGUGA